CUAUCGCUGACGGCGAAUUAGACGACAUUACACGCUUGAAAUAUCCCCAAUUCCUGCAUUUAUUUGUUCGUUUCCCCAAGAUUACAACGUGAUUCCGUUGAACAAGAAGUAGUUAUCACAGGAAAAAGUUCACACCACGUUCUCUCAGGUGAAAACUUGUAAUUCAUCGAGUGCUCAUGGCACGUGAAAUGGCCAAGAAACCAAGAUACAUCUACGCAGAGUUUGCCACUUUUUUCUUGGUGCUGAUGUGCUUGGGAUCUCUAAAUCUCUGCGAAGGUUCGUGUUCUGACACGCCCGUGGGUGUUCGUGAUGAAUUAAAAGUGAUACCUGAUGAUAACAUGACUGCAAGCUCGGUGCUCCCUGGUUUUCCAGCCAAAGAUGGUCGCCUGGCCGGAACUGGCGCCUGGUGUCCGCUAACAAAUGGUAGUGACACUGAUCCAUAUCUUGAAAUAAGCCUAGGUAAAAGCUACGUAAUAUGCGGCAUCGAAGUGCAAGGAAAGCCUAAUGCUGCAGAGUCUACAAACUUUACGCUCCAGUCUUCAACAAACGGAUCAAACUUUAUUGAAGUUGACUCAGGGCAG